AUGUUCGUUGUGCCAAACUGUCAACCAGCUACGGAACUUUACGGCUUGCUGGAAGCGAAGCUGUACACGACUGCAGAAAGUCCGGAAGCGAGUAGAACGCUAGAAAAGCGCCUCCAAUUACUGGGAAUAAAGAAUUCUAUAAUUCAGGAGAACUUAGGCGUAAAAACCCGUUUUGAAGCGAAUAAUCGAAAUAAGCGAAUCACUCUGGUCGCGGAUUCAUUUGAAUCGAUAGAUUUUGCGCAGAAACUAGGUAAAGAGGAAGUGAAGGGGAGUAAGUGCUCGGCCCGACUGUGGCUGUGGCAUCAGUAUUUAUCACGACAUGGUAACUGUUCCUUGUGUGAGCGACCGCUUAAUGGAUUGCAUGAAGUUAAGGAAUUUCAAACUUUAGAUGUAAAGUAA